AUGUAUUUAAAACGACCAAUCGUUGUGAAUCUCGAGGGAAGCUCAGAAAACUUGUACAAGAAACAUGUGAUUGAGAAAGAGCUACAGUUUUUAUACAUCUUGACAAACCAAUAUCUUAAGGCGGGUAAAAAGUACGUGCUCAGCAUAAACAAAUUUGAUGGCUUUUUAGGGAGUACCAUAUUUGAUGGAUUCUUUUACGCUUCUGAUGUGGAAGGGGGUAAAAAAGAGUAUUUUGCCGCAACCCAGUUUCAACCGAUAUCUGCAAGAAAAGCGUUUCCAUGCUUCGAUGAACCAGCGAUUAAAUCCCAAUACGACGUUACUCUUGUGAGGAAGAAAUCAGUGUUAUCGUUAUCCAAUAUGCCACUUUCUAAUUCGACAAAUAGAGGCAAUGAUUGGAUAGCAGAUACAUUUGGAAGAACUCCAAAGAUGUCUGUGUACCUUCUAGCUUUCGUUGUUGGUAACUUUGGGCAUCUGGAAAAGACGACAGCAAAUAAUGUCACAUUUCGCACAUGGUCAAAACCUAGUGUUAUCAAUAAAACAACGUUCGCUUUAGAUCUAGGUGUAAAAUUGCAAGAACAUUUUGUAGAUUACUUCGGAAUAUCUUACCCACUUCCGAAGCAAGACAAUAUUGCGAUAUCAAAUUACCUUGCGGGUGGAAUGGAGAAUUGGGGACUUAUAAUUUAUGCCGACGAUCUGAUGCUGGUAGAUUUGGACAAAGAUUCCCCUUCGUAUGUACAGUUUGCAGCAAGGCUAGUGUCCCACGAGAUUGCCCACAUG